AUGUCAAAUAAUGAAGAUCAUGAGAAGGAUCCUUAUUACCCAAAUUUUGAAGCUUUUGAUCCUUCUAAUGUGGGGUUUUACUCUGAUUUCUUAUAUGACUACAACAACUUCCUCUCUACCGACAUCGACAUAUCGUGCUCGUCAUCGGAAGCUAUUUCUCCAAUCAAUGAUGCUUUGAAGAAGUCGUUGGGUCUCGGAGAGUCGGUGGCGAUCGGCGAGCAUCCAUCAACGCCGAAUUCCUCGACUACGUGUUCAUCGGUCGAGGCCGCCGCCGGUGGUAGCGAUUCAGCCAAGAGUGGGGAGGUGAAAUUGGAUGGACGAAAAAAGAAGGAGAAAAGAGAAAAAGGGCCAAGAUUUGCGUUCUUGACCAAAUCUGAAAUUGAUAACCUUGAAGAUGGGUAUAGAUGGAGAAAAUAUGGGCAAAAAGCUGUCAAAAACAGCCCUUUUCCAAGAAGUUAUUAUAAAUGCACGAGUCAAAAUUGCAGUGUGAAAAAGAGAGUAGAAAGAUCAUCAGAAGAUCCAUGUUUUGUUGUAACAACGUACGAAGGGAAACAUAACCACUACUGUCCGAUUACACUUCGAGGGCACAAUGUGGCCGGAGUUUAUCCGCCGUCGGCUUCACCGUCGUUGAUUCCGGCGAGAAUCUUGUCCGGCGAGUUCUAUGGAGGGGUGGAUGUGCAGCAACAAUACUACGAGGUUCCUGGGUAUGGGGUGCUGGAAGAUCUGGUAAAUCCAAAGCAAAACCCAUGA